AUGGGAUUCCCCGAACGUCUCCUAGACCCGCUUUUGAAGCGCGGCAUGGACAUCGCCUCCAACCUCGUCAACAAGCACUACGCCAAGGCUGUCGAAAAGCGUGAGGCCGGCGGCAGCGACGAUGAUCUUGAGACCGGCGUUCUCAUCACUGUCGGCCUGACCCUCUUCGUGUUCGUCGUUUUCUACGGCUUGGUCCAAUACACUCUUCGCCAUGUCGUCACCACCCUCGCCCUGGUCGAGACCCCCGCUACCGCUGUCCAGCUCUCUGCUGCACCCUCCGACGAGGAAAGCAACGUGAAGCUUAGCGAUAAGGAGGCUGAGGCCGAGGCCUUCCUCGGAGGCUCCCUGCCUAAGCUCACCGUCGUCAACGCCAAGCCCGUCACCUCGAAGAUCCGCACUACCAUCAAGCACAUUACUUCGCAGGCUGGAUGGACUGCGCGCUGGCGUGGCAUGGGCUACGGCUUCAUCUACUCCCUCGCGUUCUACACGUCGGUCCAGUUCUUGGCUGCCAUCACCCCUAGCCUUCCUGGCCUGAACAUCAUCGUCAUUCUUCUCGCCACCGUCAUCGCUGCUCCCGCGCACAUGAUCUGGACUCACGCUACCAUCGCGCUUCCCGGCACUUCAUGGAGAACCCGUUGGACCCCUGCCAAGGGCUUGGCUUGCUACAAGAACCUCGCCGUUCCGGCCCUCGUGUAUGAGGGUGUUCAAAUCCUGGUCGCCUACAUGACUGUCUGCAUGGGCACGCUCCUGAGCUUGGACGUGUCGGCUAGCGCUGACGCUACCCCCUCUCAAAAGGCCUGGACUGUUGUUCGCCUGAUUGGUGGCGUGCUGCUUCUUGCUGCUGCGGGUAUCUUCGUCAUUCUUCCCGCUCACACCCAGCUCGUUCGUGUCGAGGCUUCGAUGCUUUCCGAGGACGAGGACACUAUUGUUCCGUUCGACCGUACCUUCGGCGGCAAGGUCGUCCCCAAGGUGCUCGGCGGAUCCGGUGCCAUCGGCUUCAUGGACGCAUGGCGCUCGUUCAACCGCGAGGCCCGCAUCCGCGUCGUCAAGCUCUACCUGAAGAUCUUUGCCAUUAGCGUGACCCUCUUCCUACUUUUCGUGCACGUCAUUGGCUUGGAGGUCCUCCUUCUCAGCAAGCACUCGGUCGGCGAUGUCGUCAACGCUGCUCAGCACCAGGCCCUUUAA